AUGCCAACAGACCCUUUUUACCAAGUCCUGAAAGAUGCACAGGAUCAGCUUUUACACUUAAGAAGUUACAUUGAUGCCGGCUCUCGUUUACAAUCGUCCGAUUUGACUGAGAUCAUCGCUGAAAUAGAGGAAACGAUAGGCGACCUAAAAGACAGCAUCACCGUCUUUAGCCAGGAUCCUCUGGCAUCCAAGGCCGAGUUGGCAAAACGUGAACAGCAAAUACAAGACCUCAAGGCCCAGCUCGCUGCGAUGAAGCAAACCUGUGCCUCUUCACCGCCCCUUGAGCACGAGGUUCGCGACUCAGCCUCAAUCGACCAGAGCAACGCCCUCCAGGAGCAGAUCCUUCUUGAGCAAGAUUCCCACCUCGAUGCAAUUCACACUACCAUGCAGAAUUUGCACUUGCAGGCUACGACUAUGGGCCAAGAAUUUGAAGAUCAGAGCUUUAUAUUGCAGGAUCUUGAAGGAGGACUAGACUCUGUCCGGUCAAAGAUAUCGCGUGGGACCCAAAGACUACAGAGUAUUUACGAGCGCAACAGCAACUCCUACAACGACUGCUGUAUCACAGUACUGAUUGCCCUCCUAGUUAUUCUUCUCGUGCUUGCCUUCAUUGCCUAA